AUGACCUCGAUAGAGAAGCUCUCGAUCCGUGGCAUCCGCUCGUACAGCCCCAACUCGGCGCAGGUCAUCCAGUUCGACAAGCCGUUGACGCUCAUCGUCGGCAAGAAUGGCUGCGGCAAGACGACAGUCAUCGAGGCGAUGAAAAUGGCCUGCACCGGCGACCUGCCGCCCAACUGCAAGUCGGGGCAGGCCUUCAUCAACGACCCGUCCCUCCACGACCAGACCGAAGUCAAGGCGCAGAUCCGGCUCAAGUUCACGUCGCUGAUUGGCCAGCCCGUCGUGUGCGUCCGCUCCUUCUCGCUCACGCAAAAGGCGACCAAGAAGGAGUACAAGGCGUUCGAAUCGGCGCUGCAGACCUUCGACAGCGCGGGCAACAAGCAGUGCCUCUCCUACAAGUGCGCAGACCUCAACAAGCUCGUGCCCGAGAUGAUGGGCGUCUCCCAGGCA